AUGGGAGAGGUGACAAUGGCGGCGUAGAUCCAGAAGCGCGCACUUGCCGCCGAGCUUCUGAUCUCAGCCACUGAUGUUUGUUUCUUAGAUGCUGCAGAUGACUGGUGGCAACGGAACCGAAGGGGAGAAGAACAAGGCCAAGGGUGGGGCGAAGAAGAAGGUCGACGCGGCUCCCGUCACCGUCGUGUUCAAGGUGGAUUUGCACUGCGAGGGCUGCGCCAUGAAGUUGAAGCGUUCUGUCAAGGUCUUCGAAGGUAUACAUCCCAUCGAUAUAGACUCCGGUUUGUGUUGUUUCUUCUCCUCUGCAUAGUUUUUCAUUCUUAUUCUCGUCUGGUUUCCAUCACGCGGACUUGACGAACCAGGGAUUUGAAAGCAAAGAAAAAAAUCGGAAAUGUGGUGCUUCGGAUCCCGAUCCAGUUUCCAUGCCGAGGCCAGAUAUCUGUCGGCCUUAUGUGUUCACCUGCCUGGCUGCUAUUCAUGCCUCCCUUUGAUUUCCUUAGGAUAGGGUCCAGAUCGGGAUGAAUAGCGAUUAGCCACUUCGAUUGCGGAUGGUGCUUGACCUUAACCUCCUCGCAUGAUCGCUUUCUUUCUAGAUGUGGAACUUCCAGGCCUCCCUAGUUCUGCUUCUUUUUCUUUUUCUGUGUCUUGCUUUCCCGCCUAUUUUCAAGUACCUUUCCUUGUUCACACUGCGUCACUACUGUCAUCGAUCUAGUAAUGGACCGAGAGUUGACGCGUCGUCUUUCGCAACAGGAGUGGAAGCCGUCUCAGCCGACUACUCCAACAGUAAGCUGACGGUGGUGGGAAAGGUUGACCCCUUGGAGCUCCGAGAGCGGGUGGAGAGCAAGAUACGCAAGAAGGUGGUCCUCGUGUCCCCCAACGUCCCAAAGAAAAAUACGCCCCCGAAGGAUAAGAAGGCCGACGACAGCAAACCGAAAGCGGUAUUCAUCCGAAUUUCGCCCCCUCGUUCUGUCUUUGUGCAGACUACUCUGCUCUGCCUCUAAUCUGGUUCAUCAAUUCUUUCGCAAAAUUGCUCAGCCCGCGUCGUCAACAGUCGUCCUGAAGAUUCGACUUCAUUGUGGAGGCUGCAUUCGGCGAAUCCGGAAAAGCAUAACCAAGAUCAAGGGUGAGUCGUCUCUGAAUUCCUUCUUUGACUUUGUUGCGUUUCUAUUUCGAGUAAACCCAUCAAUGGAGGGAUUCACAACCACUAGCUCCAGCAAACGGCAUUAACCCAGCUGCCUACCUGCGAGAACAGAUCUCUUUCAGUAAUCGUACAUUUCGUUUUACCCACAUUCCAAGCUCUCAUGACCCUUUCUUUCAUUCACGUCAGUAAUUUGAAUCCCAGUCGUAGGAAAUUGAAGUCCACUCGCUCCUGACUCCUCGCGGUCAACGUGCCUUUUCAUUCUUACCAUUUAUGUUAAUGGCAGUCGUAAAAGUUGAAAUCUACGCGCUCCUGAUUCCUCGUGGUCCCCCUGACUCUCAAACCCUACUAAAUGCCGAUCUUGACUGUAUCUACAGGAGUCGAAACGGUUUCCUUCGACCCGAACGAGGAUCUGGUCACCGUCAAGGGCACCAUGGACGGGGAGACCCUGCCGGACUUACUCAGGAAGAAGCUGAGGCGGAGCGUGGAGGUCGCCCCGUCGAAGAAGGGUAACAGCGCUGGCGGGAACAAGAAGAAGAAAGGAGGAAACCAGGCAGAUGGCGAUGGCAAGGAGGACUCCGUCGGCGGCGAGAAGAUCAGCGAGAGAAAGGACGGCGGCGGAGCUAAGGCUGACCCAAUAGAGUACCUCGGCGGUAAGCAGCCUUACGGUUACCGCUUUGAGCUUGCCCAGCCACCCCUGUUCUUCAGCGACGAGAACCCUAACGCCUGCUCCAUCAUGUGA